UUUGAUCACACUCCACUGUAUUUUCCAAAGUAGGCUCGUUGUUUCAUCGUUUUCUUUCGUGCUGCAAUGGCGUUUUCUUGUGCUGCAAUGGCGUUUGCUUGUGCUGCCUUGCUACUCCUAUCUCUUGAAUUCAGCACUCUGGCAUUCGGCAUCGAUCCAACUUCCGGUUUUGUCGAGCAGCCAGUUUCCUACGUGAUCCAGAAGCCGUAUGAUCUCAAAGUCUCUGAUCGCUACAGCGUCAGCAAUGGCGUCCACAAACUGUGGGUCUACACUUCGGACAAGACCCACAGCCCUGAUAGUCACACGAUGCCAAGAACCGAGCUCCGGUUUCUAAGACCAGAGUACUUGGAAGGGAUCUGGCAAUUCGAGGGGGACUUUUACGUUCCCUCGGGCACAAAGGGUGCCUGUGUGAUGCAAGUGUUUGGGGGAAAGAGCGCUGCCACUGCGCUCCAAGUUCGGCUCGACGGGCAUGGAGAUUUAGUUCGAAGUGGAGCCGACUUGCCACACUCGACCUUGGCGACGGAUGUCUAUAACAGAUGGAUCCAUCUCAAUGUUAUCCACGACGCGGACAAUAUGAUGCUUCGCAUCUAUCUGGAUGGAAAGCUCAAGCACUGGGAAGUGAACGAGAGCCGCAAGACGCACUACUUCAAGUGUGGAGUGUAUGCACAGUCCAACGCUAGUGAGUACAUGGAAUCCAGGUGGAAGAAUAUCAAGAUCUGGAAGCUCAAGUACUGAUGAGCUUUGUUCUAAGUGAUAAGGACAAAAGAAACUUUCUCUGAUUGUAAAGUUGCCAAUAAAAACAUGAUCUGUUCUUAGUAAA